UUGCUCCCCGCCUCGGGUGGGCCGGCGGCGGGCUGUGCCCUUCCCAUCGCGGUUCACAGCUUCAUGGAUCCAAACGGGGGAGAAGCCUGGCAGCCCCCCAAGAAGGGCGAGAAGCGGCAGCGCCCCUCAAACCAGCCGGUGGAGGCGGCCCCGGCGAUGAAAGCGGGUUGUGAACUGGAGGAGAGGCAGCCCGAGGUCAAGAAAGCCCGCUUAUCUUCCACUUUACUUUACAAAAACUGUGAAAUAACUCACGACCAGGUGUGUGAAUUGCUAAAAUAUGCAGUUUUGGGCAAGUCCAGUAUUCCUAAACCGAGCUGGUGCCAGCUUUUUCACCAAAAUCACUUGAAAAAAGUGGUUGUGUUUGUGCUGGAGGGAAUGAGUCAACCGCACUUCUACAGAUACUACUUGGAGUUUGAAUUUCUCCGAAAGGCAUUCACACAUAAAUUCUGCUUGCCUCCUCCAUCUCUUGAUUUCUUAUGUGAUAUCAUUGGCCUGCAGAAGCAGCAGAUAGCUGGAGACCUGUCUAAGCCGAUGGAAGGAUCCUUAUCUCCCACCAAUCCAGAAGGAUGCUCCGACCUACACAGGAACCCUAUCAUUCACAAGUAUGGCUUUAAUAAAGUGGGCUUGACCAGAUGCCUGCUCACAAGGCAAGAAAUGAAAAUAUUUAAUUUCCCAUUACAAGAUUCUCUUGACUUUGAAGACUUUGCACCUACCCAGUGUGAUGGUUCUGUAACAGACAGCAGUCCUCUCUUUGGGCUUGACUGUGAAAUGUGUUUGACAGCCGAGGGGCAUGAACUCACACGUGUGUCUCUGGUCACAGAAGGAGGCUGCUGUGUUAUGGAUGAACUCGUUAAACCUGCCAACAAGAUUGAGGACUACCUGACCAGGUUCUCAGGAAUCACAAAGGAGAUCCUCAAACCAGUGACGACUAAACUGAAAGAUGUACAGAGGAAGUUACAAGCCCUGCUUCCUCCCGAUGCUGUGUUAGUGGGUCACUCGUUAGAUGGUGAUCUCAAAGCACUGAAAAUGAUCCAUCCAUAUGUUAUUGAUACAUCUUUGCUUUAUGUCAGAGAGCGGGGCAGAAGAUUCAAGCUAAAGUUCUUGGCCAAAGCUAUUUUAGGGAAGGAAAUACAAUGUCCAUACAGGUUUGGUCAUGAUUCUACAGAAGAUGCUAGAACAGCCCUUGAAUUAGUUCAGUAUUUCCUUCGCUAUGGUCCACGAAAGAUUGCAGACACAGAUCUGGAGACAUUAGUGAUACACCAAGACCUGCUGGCAGCAGACCCAGGGCUGAGUUCAUCAGCCCAUCAUCCGCCAAACACAAGUGUUCUGGAAUGCUUAGACUCCGUAAGCCAGAAGCUCCUCUUCUUAACUCAGGAGACACACGAUAGUGAGCUUUCUUCAUCCAGUAACUGUCAGACUAUAAAGUGCCUUUCUAAUAAAGAGGUUCUGAAGCUGGCCAGAGAGAAAGUUCCCUUCUUUCCCUUCAGUGUCAUUCAUUUCUCCUUUGAGCCCUUCUCCCCAGAACAUACAGAGGAAAUGAGCAAGAGGAUGAAGGUCAAAUGGGCCGAGAUGUCAGCCGUCUAUGCUGGGCCGUUCAGCCAAAAGUGUAACCGCAGGGAUCUAAAGAGACUGUUUAAGAGCUUUGGCCCAGUCCAGUCAAUGGCUUUCGUUCUUGAAACCUAUCAGCCACAUCUUUGUGUACAAUAUAAAGUCCUGGAAGCUGCCCAAUUGGCCAUAGAAACCUUGGAUGGCACACUGGUAGAAGGUACCUGCAUCAAGGUGCAGAGACCAGUGACUGAGCUCACCCUUGAUUCCAACACUCUUGUUCACGAACUGGAACAGGAUUCUGAGAAUAGAGGCACCAUCUACCUGGCUGGAGUGAACAAAGCCUUCAAAGAACAUCUGCUGCAGCAGUCCAGUCACUUCUCUGGCCUGGAAGCUUUGAUUUUGCCGAAAGAUCCUCAAACCGGAAAGCAGGAAAAAUACUGUUUCCUGAAAUUCAAGACGUACUCCAACGCAAAGAAAGCCCUCAGCAUUCUCACUGGGACAGACUGGAAACUGAAAGGCAGGCCUGGGCUAACCCCAAGGCACCUUCAGACUUGGCUCAGGAAUUCACCGCAGGAGUCAAGUCUCCUGGGACUUCAUGGCGUUGCUUAUCCCUCAGAGCAGCAGGCCUUGCAGACUCUGACACUGGACCACCGGAAGAUAGCAGCCUGGCGCUGGGGCCGGAAGAUAGAAAAACUCUACCACAGCCUGUGCCCGGGCACCCUCUGCCUUGUACUACUGCCAGGAACCAACAGCACGAAUGGAUCUUUCUCUGGCCUAGGAUUGAUGGGGAUAAAAGAUGAGGAGGAAAGCACCAUCUCAAACAUGCAUUUGUGAGUCUGCCCACCACUUACGAUCUGCCAGAGAAUGUGGUCAGGACUGUCAAACAAAUGGUUUUGUGUGGUGUGUGUGUGUGUAAAUAAUUUUUUUGGGGUGGGAGGGUAUAAAUAUUUCUGUAAAUAGCACAGGAACCAUAUAUUUGUAUGGCAUGUACAGAAUUUUAAUAAAUGUCUCACUUCAAGUUUUCCUGAUCCUAAA